AUGGAGGAGAUUGAAGAGAAAUGGCAACACCUGCGAUUGCUAGAGGAUGAGGAACAGGCCAUUACUUUCGAUGAAGAUGUUGGGGAAGAACUUAAACACAAAAGAGAAUGCAGUUUGGUGGGAAAAUUUUGCAUGGACAGAAAUGUGAGUAAGGAGGUAUUGGAAAACACGAUGAAGAAAGUAUGGAGAAUAAGCAGGCCUGCAAAGUUCCAAGAGGUGGGCACAAAUGUUUUCACUAUCUCCUUUGCUAAUAUAGCAGAUAAACAGCGAGUAUGGAGUGGGAGACCUUGGUUGUUUGACUACCAUCUGUUUGUACUGAAACCUCUUGAUGAAAACAUACCACCACAGAAGAUGAAGUUCCUGCAGGAGAGGUUUUGGGUCCAACUUCAUGACAUGCCAUUGUCCUGUAUGAAUGAGAAUAGAGGAAAACAGAUUGGUAACACUAUUGGAGUAGUGGAGGAGGUGGAUGUGAAGGAAGAUGGUAGCGGAUGGGGAAGAUUCCUGAGGGUCCUGAUUGAUGUAGAUUUAUACAAACCACUUGCUAGAUGCAGAACCAUAAAUGUGGGUGGUGAUAAGAUCUGGAUCCCCAUAAGGUAUGAGAAGUUGCCCAUAUUCUGCUUUUCAUGUGGCUGUAUAGUACAUGAUAAGGGAGGUUGUGCUAACAAGGGUGGGGGGGCUGACCAAUAUGGGACCUGGCUAAGAGCAGUAGUAAGAAAAGAAGUGAAUAUUAAAAGAGAAGGGGGAACAAAUAAUAGGAAAAUGUAUGCUGAUAGUGGGAAGAGUUGGUAUUUAGAAGGUGAGGAGAGUGUAUCAGAAAAAAUAGAAAAACCAGAAAAGGGGAUUAAUGAAAAAACUGUUGAACCAGGAAAGGAGAUGAGUGUGACAGUUUCUGCAGGAACUGAAAUCAAAAGUAAAGAUGGGAGAGAGGGGUUGAUUGAGGAAGAGAUGAAUAAGGUGAUAGAAGAGGAAGUCAUGGGAGGAUUAAUCGAGAAAGAAGUUAGGAAGGAGGGGGAAGGUUGUGGUGAGGCCUGCAAUGUGCUGGAAAGAGAGCAAAGAGAGGAUUUAAAUGAGACCUUACAGAAUUUGAUAAAUAAAAAGACCCCACGUAAGGGUGAAUGGAAGAGGAGGGAGAGUGUAGGGAGGAAGAAAGAAGUAUGUAAUGGUGAGGGGGUGAACAAAAAAAGAAGGAAUGAAAGUGUGGAGGGAAGAGAAGUUAAAAGGAAAAAAGAAAAAAAGGAAAACCAAGUGGGUGUGGAGUUAUUAAAUAAUAUGGUGGAGGCUGUCCAACAGCCCACCAAGCCCAAUGAAAAUCCUAAGCUGGAACUGCCGAGGGCUUGGGAACCCUCGGACAGUUCAGGACCUUUGCUUUAUGGUAAAGGAAAAGGACCCAGAGGUUUUGUUUCUGAUGGAAACCAAACUAAGGAGUGA